AACUAUAUCUAUACCACUGUAUCAAAACAGCUGACUUACAUAAUGUCAAAAAAUUGUAUUUUUCAGCAAUUGCAGCUAAUUUUUAAGCAAGCUGUGGAAGCAGUUCAUCCGGAAAAGAUUUUUGCCAACUUCAACAGCUUCGAUUUACGGCCGAACAAUGGUGCAAUCAAAUUGAAUGGGGAGCAAGUGGAUAUAACUGACAAGCGAUGCCACAUAGUUGGCUUUGGAAAAGCUGUGCUAGGCAUGGCCAGCAAAGUGCAUCAAGAUUUGGGUAUCUCCUCUUCUGGUGGCGUCUUGAGUGUGCCGGUAAAUACACUGAAACAGUUCCAACACCCGCUGAACGACGAUAAGCUAACGAUCUAUGAAGGAGCACCAAAUAAUCUACCCGAUGGGGUAGCCUUAAAGGCAGCCAAACUGAUUAAAGAUUUGUCCCUGAGUAUGACAGCGAAUGAUGUGCUCUUCGUAUUCAUUUCUGGAGGCGGUUCUGCCCUAUUACCUUUACCUAGACCACCUUUGUCUCUGGAGGACAAACGGGUAAUAGCUGAUAAGCUGAUGAAACGUGGAGCGAGUAUACAAGAACUAAAUACCGUACGCAUAGCCUGCUCCGAUAUCAAGGGAGGCCGCCUGGCCAAAGCAGCUGGCAAUGCGGGACUUUUGGUUACUUUUGUGCUCAGUGACAUUAUCGGAGAUCCUCUAGAGCUAAUUGCUUGUGGUCCAACCAUACAACCCCAGCUCAAGUCAGGCCAAGCCAACGCCUCUGAUAUUUUGAAGCGCUAUCAAGUGUGGGAAGAACUUUCCGUGGAGAAGCAAAAGGUUUUUCAAUUAGAUGAUAAACCAACGGAAGAAGUUGUGUCGCCUCUCCAACGAAAUAAAGUUUUUAUUGUAGGCAAUAAUGGCAUAGCAACCUCAGCAGCCAGACAAAUGGCCCAGGAGCUGGGUUAUUUAUCCUUUGUCCUCACAUCCAACAUACAUGGUGAUGUGAAUCAAGUGGCUCAGGAUUAUCAGAUGCUGUUGCAGAGCAUACAACACUACAAACGCAAAGAAAUCACCGAAAUCGAGCUUAGACAACGAUUUCCAUUUAACGAGGCCUCCUUCGAGGGAUUUCAGAAUUCUUUGGAACAACAUAUCGCCACCAAAAAGCCUCUGUUCCUUAUAGCCGGUGGCGAACCUGUGAUAAAGGUUUCUGGCAAUGGCUUAGGUGGUCGUAACCAGCAUUUAGCCUUGCUUAUGUCUCAAAUCCUGCACUCUGAUCAGCUGUUGAAGGAAUGCAGUUUUCUAAGUGCCGGCACAGACGGCAUUGAUGGCCCCACAGAUGCAGCUGGAGCUGUGGCCCAUAGUUCAGUGAUUGAGACAUAUCUAAAUCAAGCACAGUCCACAGAUGAUAUAGACAAAAUCAUUGCCAAUUGUGAUAGCUACAAUUUUUAUAAGAAUCUGUUGAAUGGUGAUUUUCAUGUUAUUACAGGUCAUACGGGAACCAAUGUAAUGGACUUGCAUUUUCUAGUCAUACCCUAAAACUUAAAACCAGAAUAGCUGAAAUUAACUAGAGUAAUUUGUUAAUGGUUCUGAGAAUAGCUUGAGCUAUGAUCUUGAACCUCUCGCAAUCAACCGCAACUAUGCCAUAAUUUCAAUUGAAUUUUUACGAUUUUCCUGUUUGCUAUGAACAUAUUUUGUUUUACGACUUUUUUCAUUAGCAUU